AUGGAGCUAGAAGAUCCGAAGCAUUCCAGCGGACUGGAGGAUGGCCCAGAUGUGGAGCAGCUUGUCGGGCAAGCUUCGCAAAUGGUGGUCGCCGUAAGAUCGACCAUGACAAUCAAGAGCGAACACAACCAGGACACCUUCCUCGCGACGCAGUCCACCUCACAACCACCCACCAUAUUCCCGUUCCUCGAUCUCCCGGCGGAGUUACGACUGAUAAUAUACCGGUUUGUGCUGGAAGCCAACCAUACUGGAUGGAUCCGGAAUUACCACCCUGGAGCCAAACCAGCGUCAACAAACCUGCAGCCUCUGGGCCUGGGUCAGAAGAUCCUUUGGAUAAACCAGCAAAUCCGGAGAGAGGUAACCCAAGAGGUGUUCAAAAACUUCCGUGGUCUCUGUUUCGAGAGUUUCACCAUGUCAGACCGACAACUUGACCUCAACUUGGUGCGUCGGGUUCUUGAAAGUAUCGGCGAAACCGGCAGAGAGAAGAUCCAAACAAUCACCUUCCUCCCUUGGUGGAUUUCGAGCUGGCAUGAUCGGCCUCAGAGGAAUUCGGACCUGAGUGUAGCCAUCGAAGUUGUACGCCUCCUGCAAGCGUGCAAGAAUCUCGAUUACUUGAUGAUUCAGAUCCCAUUCGGCGAAUUCCUCACACCGUCCAUGUCCAAAAAGUCGUCCGAAUUCGCGAACCUCUUUGGCACGGCUUUCGAUCUAAUGCGCGGUAUUGUUCAUGUUUCACGUGUGACGUUCACCGGGCUUCGCCAGUAUGACGACGACUUCGCGAGGGCUGCAAUCACCUGGCUCACACACCAGCGUAUCAAGGAUCACAUGAAGCGCACGAGGGAGACGAAGGUAGCGAGGGCUGCUCUUGAGGAGACGCAAUCAGAACAACUGAAUGGAGCGGGACUAGGCUGA